AUGCAUCAUAUGCAGGCCAUCGUUAGAUUACUGAGUAACGAGUAUCGGCCCAUCGUGCCACCUCCACAAGAAGGACGAGGAUCAGAAGCCAUGAAUUCCAAAGCAACCAAGACUAAAGGUCCGGAGAACGAGAAACAACUACUGGCGUGUCGUAUCCUGGUCCUGGGAGACAGCUGGGUGGGCAAGAGCGCAAUAAUCCACCAGUUCCUGAAGCGAGACCUACCGGCCGACAAGACCAGGACGGUGCAGUCGCACGAGGAGAAACUCACCCACAAGAAGGCGGAGCUCACCCUUAGCAUCCUGGAAUUCGGAGGGAACGGCAGCAUCCUGCGAGACUGGAACAUCGCGCGAGCAGACGCCUUCGUCCUGGUGUAUUCCUUACUGGACGAGAGCUCCUUCGAAACGGUGAGGAGUCUGAGGAACAGGAUCUGCAAGGUGAAGAACGAGGAGGAGGGCAACAUCCCGGUGAUGGUGGUCGCCAACAAGACAGACCUGUACCAGAAGGAGCAGGUCUCUGUGUGGAGGACGGUGGCGGAGCUGUCCACCUGUCUGGACUGGAAGUGGGCGCACGCGGAGGUGUCUGCCGUCACGGAGGACAAGGCGGUGGUGGACGUCUUCCAGAACGUUCUCAGUCAAGUCGAGAUCGACUUCUCCCUAGCGGCAGCCAUGAAGCCGAAGUCUGAAACCCGACUUUUUUCGCUGUUUCGUGGCCUUUCCCAAUACAAAAUUCUGCCUACGCCACCGGCUGCCUACAUUGCCGUUGACAGCGUCGUUGAAACCGGUGUAUCGCUGAGUGAUGACGCUAUUGUUCAAAUCGUGUCGGAUGUUUCUAAUGAUAUUCCAAGUGACGACUAUGAAGAUGACACUGGCGGAAAAACUGCAGAUGUGGUCAAGAAAUGUGAGGCCAAACAAGGUCUUUCUGUUGCAAUAAGGUACUUUGAAGAGAACCCUUCGGUUGGUUUUGAACAUCAUCACUCGUUGUGGAACGCAGUUCGUGCAGUCGAGCACUAUAACUCCAGGCAUGUUCAAACAUCAAUCAUGGACUUUGUUGUAAGAAAGUGA